AGCCCUGUGGAGAUUGGUCCGUUGGUGCGGGAACGAUGGAGGAAACCCCUCUCAAACCUGCGCCCAAACACGCACACCAUCGCCGCAGCUCCACCAGAUCGAACCUGUUCGGAGACGUCCGUAACCUAUGGAGCACGGCCACGAUGUCCACGAUUGCAAACGUGUCGGUGUCGGACGUCUGCGAGGACUUCGAAGAGGAGAAUAAAGACAGCAAGCCUCGCAAGUACAGCCAGACCAUUUCUAUGAAGGAGAACCUCAACCUCAAGCCAGAGGAGAUCCAGCAGCAAGCACGUUUAGAGCUGUUGCUGCACGGUAGCAGAUCGCUGGACGUCGAUGCCCUCCUAGAGGAGGAGCGCGAAGAAUCCAUGCUCUCCUUAGUCAAGUCUGCUUCAGAGUCAUCAGACCGUCCGUCAAAGCAAAUGCCACAUCAAGCCUACUGGACAGAGCAGCAGAACAGGCUGCCCCUGCCCCUGAUGGAACUCAUGGAGAAUGAAGUUCUGGACAUUCUCAACAAAGCCCUCGGCACAUAUAAGUCCACGAUUGGCAGGAACCACUUCAUGACGAAACAGCUGCAGGGGUACAUCGAGGAGCUCAAGAAGCGCCGGAACAGAAGGCUCAACUGUAUGGCCUCAACUGUAUGUGAACCUCCAGCUCAAAUGGCCGACGAGAUGUCAGCCCCGUGCCCUAUCCCGUCCCCCAGACCCAACUUCGACCCCAUCCGCAUGGAAUUGGAGCCCUAGAGAAAUUAAAGAGUCUAUGCAUGGUUCCGGAA